UUCGGCCGAGAAGCUGCAAAUGUAAUUGUUAAGUGGACUCUGGUUUGUCGGUUGGGCUAAACAAAACCUCGAUAAACCGCCGACAUCAAAACAGAAAAAAAAAAAAAAGAAAAAGCAUUUUUUAAAUAACAAUUUGUUCUCAAACCAAAGUAACAUAAAAUCGAAUUCGUGGAAUCCCCUGCUAUUCUUCUUCUUCUUCUUCUUCUUCUUCUUCGGAAGCCUUAGGCAAAUCUCGACCUCGGAAGGAAUUGGGAAGUAAAAGGGGGAAAGAGAAAAGAAGCCAAAUUCGCUGGUUGUGGGAGGAAAGCAAUGGGAGAGGCUUUGGGUUCAUCAACCGCCAUUGAUUCCUCCAACAUCGGCUUCCAGCUAUUAAAGAAGCAUGGAUGGAAAGAAGGCACUGGUCUUGGUGUUUCUGAGCAGGGUAGAUUAGAACCUGUACAAGCAUAUGUGAAGAACAAUAAGAAAGGCCUUGGAGCAGAGAAGAAGAGAAAGAAUCCAAAGCCCAGUGAUCCUCCUGAUUCCAAGCCAAAAAAUGAUGAGGAACAGAAAACAACAAAGAAGACCAAGGCACUUUCCAAAAGGAUGCGGAAGAUGCAAGAACGCGAAAAGCAAAUGCAAGAGAAGGAAUUUGAGCGUGCAUUUUUUAGGGAGUUUUGGCCCGAUAAUGUUUGAUUAACCAAGUUUGUCCUUAGAAUAUGUACAGGCUGUUUGAAUCUUUCUAUUUUUAUAUUUUUUUUGGUCACUUGGAAGAGUUCAUUUUGAAAAUGUUCAAAACAGAACCAUCACAACAUCAUCCCACAGCCUAACUGGGUAGAAACAAGCAGCAACAUCACCAGGAGUCCUAUUCAUCCUUCUAAAAGUGAAAUUGUGAGAGAGAUCAUUACCGUGUAUAGAGGCUUUAGCUAUUCAUAUAGAGAUUAUAAAUGCGUUACCUCAAGGAUCUAAUUCUACUUACUGAUGGACCCUAAGGGCAAAUGGUGAAGAUGAUAACAAUAAGCACAAACAAAAGGGAUGCAUGGAAGGAGAGACUCCACCAGACCACAGACUAGACCACACCGCUAACGCCAAAAAUCCACUCGUUGCGAGAGAGGCUACAAGCUACUGUACUGGAUGUUGGACCCUACUUGGCGAAAACCUUGCAACAAGAGAACGGAAAAUAAGCUAGAACCGACUUGGUAGAAGCAUACGCAUAUAGCGAGAGACGACUAUGGAUGAUAUCUUAAUCAGAACCCUGAAGUUGCCACCACAAGGUUCGCUCGGCAUAGUCACCACCACAAACACCGUUGGAAGGGAAGGCUAUUUUUCAGAGAGAAGCGAAAAACAAAAGGAGAGUAAAAGAGGGGGAAAGGAAAAAAGGGGGGAUGACCAGCUCUGCCGGUUGACAAACGGAUGGCCAGGUAACGAAAAAAAGGGGAGAGUAGCGGGGUAAAAAAGGAGAGGUUUUUAGGGUUGGAACCAAGUUGAAAACGAGUUUGGAAAUUUUUGAAUCAUAUUUAUGUAUACUUGCAACGCAGAAGUUGUACAUAUUUUAUAUAAUCCGCAAAUUUAAUGUUAAUUCGGAAGUUUCAUUCACAAAUGUAGACAUGAUAUAAAAUUCGAUAUUAAAUCGAGUAAUAUUUUAGAAAAAA